ACAUGUGUUGGGGAAAGACUGAAGUACUUCAAGGAACAGGCAAAUGUCGCUAUCGCGGGCAGGUUUUGAAAAUACUGACAAUUCCGUAUGCUGCCAUUCACUGCGUAAACUCCAGCGGGUGACCAGGUCGUUGGGGAACUCCAUCCCGCCUGCAGUAAUAGUUUUAAUUCGGGGAUGGCGGGCAGAGAGACGAGUGGGAGACUAACUUGUGCGGAGAGAACCGACAUGAAACCGCCACCAACUAGUGUCCCGUCGCAUCAACGGUUCGGGUCAGGUGACGUUCCCGGUCAGGUGACGUAGCAGGCCGGGUCAUGUGUCGCAGCUGGUCGAAGCGUGUGAUGUUGUAGUUAGCCUGGCAACUUGCACGUAGGUGAGCCAUGGCGUUGGGCGCACUCGGUCCGUUCCUGCUCCCGCUGGCUUUCCUGAGCUGUGUGGGCGCCAUCCCCCCUCAUGACGAGGUGGCGCGAAUGGCGCGUUACGUGGUCAAUAGUUGUGACUGGGCGUCGAUGGCCACCAUCUCCACGCAUAAGCCGGUGGUCGGACGGGCUUUCUCUAACGUCUUCUCGAUCAGCGACGGGCCGCCGCAGAGGGGCAGCGGGGUGCCGUACCUCUACCUGACCCCGCUGGAGAUCUCGGUGCAGGACAUAAAGAUUAAUCCAGAAGUCUCCCUGGCCAUGACCUUGGCACAGACGGACUACUGUAGGAAAAAUGGGUUUGAUGCCCAAAGUCCACUUUGUUGUCGUGUGAUCCUCUGUGGAACAAUUGUGACGGUGAAUAAGACAGAAAUUGGAAUUGCCAAGAAGGCUCUUUUUGAGCGUCAUCCAGCAAUGGCCAGCUGGCCACCUGAUCACGGAUGGUACUUUGCCAAGCUCAAUAUCACCAACAUUUGGGUCCUGGAUUAUUUUGGUGGAUUGAAAACUGUAACACCAGAGGAGUACUACAAUGCCAAGCCGGAAUAUGAGAGGAAUUUGACUGGUAAAAAGUGGAUGGAAAUUAUGAAUGUUGUCAAUCAGAAUAAAGUGCGCUGACUUUCACCAAGACUUGCUUUCACUUAAGACUAUUAUAUUGGAAAAGGAAUUACUAAGAGUACCUCUUCAAAUCAAUGAAAAUAAAUGAAUUAUUAAAUGUGGAAUUGAAUAUUUUAAGAAAAUGUUGGUGGAAUGAAUAGUCUUGAAGUUUUGAAUAUUACAGUUUUAUAUCCUUGUACUUAGAGGGAAAAGUGGUUAAGAAUUUUGAGAUUGUUUUCAGUAAUCUUUUUACUUUAUAUAAUGUAAAUGGAAUACACUAAAAUGAGUUGGAAUAAAGUUACUUAUAACCAGUAUCGAAAAGCAAAAAAACUUGCUGAUAGAAACCUGAAACAAAAACAAAAUGUGAAAUACUCAGCAUUUGUGCAGAGAAGAGUUAAUGUUUCAGGUUAAUGACCUUAAAGGCCAUCAAUCUGAAAUGUUAACUCUUGUUUGUUUGACAGAUGUUGCCUGAUCGGUUGAACAUUUAUACCGUUCUGCUUUGAUUGCUCAUAACCUGAUAUUCCUAUUAGUGGCCUUGUAUAAAGAUGAGAAAUUAAGAUUUCUGCACUGAAACAUUUGCUUAAAUUCAAACAAAUUCUUUAGUUAUGCAAAUGAAAACAAGGGAAAAUCACAUUGAGCCAAAAAUCUUAAAUGUAUAAUGCUGUGUUCAUUUUAAUAUUGCAUUAAAAUUUUGCUGUAGUUGUAAGAUAUAUCAAGUGCCUAUUUUUGAUUAAAUAUUUAAAUGUACAAA